AUGCACAGCGAAUCUACGAGCUUCUCUGCAGAGUCGUACUUCGCUACGCAGGGUCCACCACCCAAUCUCGAACACGAAGUUAGUGCCGUUCGCACCUUUGUCGCCCAGCAAAUCCAGCAGAAUCGAAAUGUAGUCUUGGUUACGAGUGGAGGGACCACUGUUCCUUUGGAGCUCAAUGUUGUUCGCUUUCUGGACAAUUUCAGUGCCGGUACCAGAGGCGCCACAUCUGCCGAGUAUUUCCUUAAAGCUGGAUAUGCCGUCAUUUUCAUGCAUCGCCAGUUCAGUCUGCAGCCAUUCAGCCGACAUUAUUCCCAUUCUACCAAUCCUUUUCUCGACUUCCUCGAAAUAGAUCAGGUGGACAGCAGCGACCCUCAGAUUAGUGUGACCGCAGAUAAAAGAGCCCAUUUGCUUGAGGUCUUGACGGCAUACAAGUCCGUGCAUGCAUCCGGAACGUUACUUACCUUGACGUUCAUCACUGUCAAUGACUAUCUCUGGCUUCUUCGCGCUGUUUCUCAGGAGCUCUCUGUCAUGCGGAGAAGGGCGAUGUAUUACUUGGCCGCUGCUGUCAGCGACUUCUUCCUUCCAAGACAGAAGAUGUCAGAGCACAAAAUCCAAUCUGGCAAGGGAAGUCUACACAUUGAGAUGGACCAAGUGCCAAAGAUCCUCAAGUCAAUGGUAGACGAAUGGACUCAUGACGGUUUCAUUGUCUCGUUCAAGCUCGAAACAGAUCCUCUUUUGCUGAUACCAAAAGCACAUGCAGCUCUAGAACGAUAUGGUCACCAAGUGGUCAUCGGGAAUGACCUUCAUCGGCGUAAAUUCGAGGUGGUUUUCGUCUCUCGUAAUCCUCAGCUCAAUGGCGACGCUUCCACUGGCUCAGCCCCUUCUACAUUCGUAGAUCACUGGCUCCGUAUUGACUUGAUCCGUGAUCCUUCCAAAGAGAUAGAAGAGGACAUCAUCUCAGAAUUAGUCAGACGGCAUGAAGAAUGGGUGAAGCAGAAAUAAGUGAUGUAAUGUACAUAACCAGGUCGAAGACGGACACAUGGAUGGAGGGUAUCUUUAUGAGGUUCUAGACUAAGCAUGAUUCCAAAGAAAGAAAAGUGUAGUCGUUAAAUAACUAGGUAGCUCUAGAGAACGCGCAAGGAAGUGGUAGGUGAAGUCCAAAGCAGCCUUUGUGUAUAAUAAUACUACCUCAAUCCACCGACACGCGCCC